CCUGGGAGUGGGAGCUUGCUCCAAACUUUGUUUAUGGGACAGUCCAGGAGCCGCGGCGGCCGUGCUGUCUGCUUCUCCUUCGCCUCCUCCUCCGAGAUCCCGAACGUCUGAGGCCAGUUUUGGGGAUGUGAGAGCCGAAGCCCUUCGACUGCCAGGCACCGAGGCGGGUCGGUAUUUGCCAGCCGGGCUCCGGCUCCAGUCCUGCAAGCUCGGGACGCAUCCGAGCGACCCAGGCCCGACGGCGGCCGCCGCACGCCCAGACUCGGCUUCACUGCGCGCCCAGAAGAUGAAUCCGGCCUCGGCGCCCCCUCCGCUCCCGCCGCCCGGGCAGCAAGUGAUCCACGUCACGCAGGACCUAGACACAGACCUCGAAGCCCUCUUCAACUCGGUCAUGAACCCCAAGCCCAGUUCGUGGCGGAAGAAGAUCUUGCCAGAAUCGUUCUUCAAGGAGCCUGACUCCGGCUCGCACUCGCGCCAGUCGAGCACCGACUCCUCCGGCGGCCACCCGGGGCCCCGGCUGGUCGGUGGCGCCCAGCACGUUCGCUCGCACUCGUCGCCCGCGUCCCUGCAGCUGGGCACCGGCGCGGGCGCUGCGGGCAGUGCCGCGCAGCAGCACGCGCACCUCCGCCAGCAGUCCUACGAUGUGACCGACGAGCUGCCGCUGCCUCCGGGCUGGGAGAUGACCUUCACGGCUACUGGCCAGAGGUACUUCCUCAAUCACAUAGAAAAAAUCACCACAUGGCAAGACCCUAGGAAGGUGAUGAAUCAGCCCCUGAAUCAUAUGAGCCUCCACCCUGCCGCCACUUCCACACCAGCGCCCCAGAGGGCCAUGGCCGUGUCUCAGCCAAAUCUUGUGAUGAAUCACCAACACCAGCAGCAAAUGGCACCCAGUUCCCUGAGCCAGCAGAACCACCCUACUCAGAACCCGCCAGCAGGGCUCAUGAGUAUGCCUAAUGCGCUGACCACUCAGCAGCAGCAGCAGCAGAAACUUCGGCUUCAGAGGAUCCAGAUGGAGAGAGAGAGGAUUAGAAUGCGCCAAGAGGAGCUCAUGAGGCAGGAAGCCGCCCUCUGUAGACAGCUCCCCAUGGAAGCAGAGACUCUGGCCACGGUUCAGGCUGCUGUCAACCCCCCUGCCAUGACCCCAGACAUGAGAUCCAUCACUAAUAAUAGCUCAGAUCCUUUCCUCAAUGGAGGGCCAUAUCAUUCGAGGGAGCAGAGCAACGACAGUGGCCUGGGGUUAGGGUGCUACAGUGUCCCCACAACUCCGGAGGACUUCCUCAGCAACGUGGAUGAGAUGGACACAGGAGAAAACGCAGGACAGACGCCCAUGAACAUCAAUCCUCAGCAGACCCGUUUCCCUGAUUUUCUAGACUGUCUUCCAGGAACCAAUGUGGACCUCGGCACUUUGGAAUCUGAAGAUCUGAUCCCCCUCUUCAAUGAUGUAGAGUCUGCUCUGAACAAAAGCGAGCCCUUUCUAACCUGGCUGUAACCAAUACCAUUGUAACUUGGGUGCAGCCAUGACCUGACAUUUCCUGGGCCUCUUGGAAGAAGUGACGGAGCAGAGCAAGUCUGCAGGUGAACCGCUUUCUGCCUCCAUGACUCAUGCUCCCUCCUUUCCAUUUGGCCAGUUUAAUCAUUGCCUGGAUUUGAUUGACAGUAACUUAAGUUAAACGUAAAUAAAUAUUCUAUUUUCAUUUUCUGCAAGCCUGCAUUCCUGUGGUGGGCCAUGCAGAAUUGUUUCUCUGCUUUUCUCUCUGCAGCCCCCAUGACUAAGCUUUAUGGGUGUUAGUUGAAAUUUAUACAUCAGUUGAUUAUAAACCAUAAAAAGCUGACCACAGGCAGUGACUUCUGACAGGCGGCUCGAUCCAGGAAAUGUACACAAAAUGAGACCCGAUUUACAGUUUCAAAAACUGUAUUGAUGACCGUAGUACCAAAUGCUUCAAAUAUUUAACCCAAGCUUUAAAAAAAUCAUCAUAUGGAUAGUAAGAUUCUGCUGUAUGGAAAACAAUGUAGUUUUGAAUCCGUGCUGGUUUUGAUGAUUAUUACUCCGUAUUUACAAAGGCACACUCAUUAGUUUAUCUUCCAUUUAUGGCAUAGCAUCUAGACAACUAGUCCUUCCAGCAGGAGAGUAGCAGCAGUAUUAGUCACGUUCCUACGCUACAGAUCUUAGGAAAGAGACCAGUUUGGUACUAAUUAUGAGCAUUUAUUAAACAAAACAUUUUAAAAUAGCAAGUUGGAUUUUUAAAAAUUGCAGCUUAGAAUUUGAUGUUUAUUUUAUGACGCACUAUAAUUUUGUAGCUGAUGACAAAGGGCAGCCAAAUGUUUUUUGAUAAAUCAGUGGCAACUAUAAUUUUGCCUUUUGAAACUGUUCUGAAAACAUCGGGAAAGCAUAGCUUUCAACCUGAUGGCACACACAGUAAGCUGUUGCUUUUUAAAUUCUGAAGCCUUGUCAGUUUUGCUUUUAAGAUUUCAAGUGUUUAAAAUAGUCUUAUCUAUGAAACUGUUUGAAGGAUGAAGCAGAUCUCUGACUGACGUUUUAAAAAAAUGCCCUCUGCGGGCGUAUGGUGGAGACUUACGUUUCUGAAUUCAGUAAAAUUGAUUCCUAAGUAUGUUACCCUAACCCUGUUUGCUACAGUUGGUAUAAAAAGGCAUGAAAUAUGUACUCAAUACCUCUUAUGUAACCAAAAAUUAUUUUUUACUAGCUUUUAAGGACUGAGAGAGAGCAUCAGGUUCACCUGGCAUGCACUCUGUCUGCAUUGCCAAUGAAGUCCUCAGCUGUUUAAUAUUUUCAACUGACAUUAUUUAUAAUCUAUGAAUUUAAUAUCUUUUUAGAAAGACAAUAAUUCAGGUCUCUGGGAGGAGCCCUUCAAUCCCCAAAGGGGCUUAUUUGUUCAGAAUCUUAAAUAAGAUCCUUUUCGAUCUAUCAGAAUAUAGACAGAAAGAAUACAUUUUAUCUUGUUGGAAAGAAGGCAUGUGAAAAGGUCAGAGAUGAAGUAGUAAAAGUUAUGGAAUACAGUGAAAGCACACCAGUUGUGAAGUGGAAAUAGACAAGUUAUAGCACCCCAAAAGCAAGACAAGCUAGACGUAUAAGAGGUGCCCCAAAAGAACAAAACCGCAAUUUUCUACUACAACCUUUGUACCAAAAGACUGUUGUAGAAGAAAAGAAGGCUUUGGUGCACUUUAUGUGGAGGGGGAGGGGCAGGGAUAGUGUAGCCCUGUCCAUGCUGAUGCUGAGCAUUAGGAGGACAAGGGCAGAAGCUUGCUGUCGCUUCCAACACAAUGAAGUGAUUCUUUUUCCUGAAGGACCCAUGGUUUAUGUUCCUCUGAUUCCUUCUCUCUCUCCAAGUGCUCUGAGAGAGAUGGGGGUGAUGUUUUUGUUGCUACUAAAUUGAAGGGAGCACUAUUUCUUUUUCUCUUAUGUUAGCAAUAAUUGCAAGAAGAGUUGUACAUUCUAAGGAAAAAACAAAAACAAAACAAGGGACCUAACAAAACUGAGCAGUGUUACUGUAUUUUUUUAAAAAAUAUUUUUAUAGACUCAUUUUCAGGUUAUUAAACGUAAAAGAAACAGAUACCCCUCUUUUUUUUAAGUAGUUAAAACAUCGAUGAUUUAUAUUAUCAAUUUUUAGAAGUAAUUUCCUAGUAAGCUUGUGGCAUUAGAAAACACUAGAAUUUUUUCUAGAGAAAUUAGUUGAAACAUUUAUUAAUGAACAUAAAUAUUUUUCCAGAAUUAAAUAUGGACCCUGAAUAUGUGUUUACGAAUAGAUAAAGCCAGAUAUAAUUUUCUGUUUGUUUUUAAGGCCAUAAAAUAUGACCUUUGUUAAAGAACACUAAAGCUAGAAAUCGACGUAAGAACAGCUUUUUAAAGGCUAUUUCCUAUUAUUGUAAGUGUUAAAAUCCCUGCAGAAUCAUGAUAAGGUGCUAUUUAUAUACUGUUUUUCUUAUUAGAGAACAACUGCCAGGAUAUCUAGUCAUUUAUUCCUACGUCAAUCAAUAAAUUUCAGCAUUUCAUCCAAUGGUUUUGCCAUAGAAAAGGCAUAUUAAAAUUGAAAUUGAAAAAUAAUUUUGGAGAUCUUUCUAGGGUUUUUUUCUGAUUAAACACAUUUUCUUAAAGUUAAUACAUUGUUAAAACCUAUUUGCAACUCUGUUAAAUCUAAGUAAUUCUUAGUAUUUCACCAUAGUAUUUAGGAUGUGAAAUGCCAUCUCUUCCACAGGAAGCACGUCAAACAGAACAAAAGCGUUAGUGUGCUGGGGGUGGGGGGCCGGGCGUUCCCCAGUGGGGUAGGAAGGCUCUAUGCAGAAGAAGGUGAUCUGGAGUGACACAAGUGUUGGUAAUUACGAGUUGUGUUCUCAUGACAUUAGGAAGUAAUUUCUGAAAGUACAACUUUUAUGGAAAAAAAAGCUAUUAAAAAGAAAUUGUAGAAUAAUUUAAUUGGGAAAAUGGACAAUUGACAGAGACCGUUUCCCUAACACACUACAUCAUUUAUGUGCUAGUACUUUAACUUUUAAAAAAAUUUACUUCUACAUUUUGUAAUAUGACAUAUGUGUGUUUAUUUUUAAUUUAGAAUGCUAUGCGUACAGAAGUAUGCAGCCAAGUCAAUCAGAUCAAACCAUUCUACCUGGACUUUGGUACUGGUUUUUACUUCUCUGAUU